GCGGCGCCGCGCUCCUGUCAGCGCCGCAGGAGCCGCGGCCGGGCCCGCGCUCGCCGCCGUUCCGCCGCGCUCCCCCGGUGUCGUUUGGCUUCGAGGAGGGCGGGGGUGGUGGCGGAGCGCGAGAUGAACGGAGAAUGAGGCAAAAUGUCUGAGAAAAUGUCCAGCUUUCUGUACAUCGGGGACAUCGUGUCCCUUUACGCCGAGGGCUCCGUCAACGGCUUCAUCAGCACCCUGGGGUUAGUGGAUGACAGAUGUGUGGUUCAGCCGGAUGCAGGUGACCUUGCCAACCCUCCCAAGAAGUUCAGAGACUGCCUUUUCAAGGUGUGUCCUAUGAACCGAUAUUCAGCCCAGAAGCAGUACUGGAAAGCCAAACAAGCCAAACAAGGAAACCAUACAGAAGCAGCACUGCUGAAGAAACUUCAACAUGCAGCAGAACUGGAACAAAAGCAGAAUGAAAGCGAGAACAGAAAGCUAUUGGGCGAAAUAGUAAAAUACAGUAAUGUCAUACAGCUACUGCACAUAAAAAGUAAUAAGUACCUCACAGUCAAUAAGAGAUUACCAGCUCUGCUAGAGAAGAAUGCUAUGCGAGUGUCUUUGGAUGCUGCAGGGAAUGAAGGAUCCUGGUUUUAUAUACAGCCAUUCUGGAAACUAAGGAGCGAAGGUGACAAUGUUGUUGUUGGAGAUAAAGUUGUACUGAUGCCAGUCAAUGCAGGGCAGCCACUGCAUGCUAGCAACAUUGAACUUCUAGAUAACCCUGGCUGCAAAGAGGUAAAUGCUGUCAACUGUAACACAAGCUGGAAGAUAACUUUGUUCAUGAAAUUCAGUAGUUACCGAGAUGAUGUACUGAAAGGAGGAGAUGUUGUUAGGCUGUUUCAUGCAGAGCAAGAGAAGUUUCUGACCUGUGACGAAUAUGAGAAGAAACAGCAUAUUUUUCUUCGUACUACACUGCGUCAGUCAGCCACCUCUGCAACAAGUUCUAAGGCACUGUGGGAGAUAGAGGUUGUCCAUCAUGAUCCUUGCCGGGGAGGGGCAGGACAGUGGAAUAGUUUGUUUAGAUUUAAGCACUUGGCAACUGGAAACUACUUAGCUGCAGAGCUUAACCCACACUAUCCAGAAGGUAAUAAUGAAGGAAAAGCUUUGCAGAGAGAUGGCGACCUUCCUGCUUCAAAGAAGAAACGCCAGGCAGGGGAGAAGAUUAUGUAUACUUUGGUCUCUGUGCCACAUGGAAAUGACAUCGCGUCUCUCUUUGAACUGGAUGCCACCACUCUUCAGAGAGCUGAUUGCCUGGUUCCAAGGAACUCCUAUGUCCGGCUGAGGCAUUUGUGUACCAAUACUUGGGUUACUAGUACUAGCAUCCCAAUAGACACCAAUGAAGAAAGGCCUGUAAUGUUAAAGAUCGGGACGUGCCAAACAAAGGAGGACAAGGAGGCUUUUGCAAUUGUAUCAGUUCCUCUAUCUGAGGUCAGAGACUUGGACUUUGCUAACGAUGCAAACAAGGUCUUAGCAUCAACUGUUAAAAAGCUGGAGAAUGGAACAAUAACGCAGAAUGAAAGGAGAUUCGUGACCAAGUUAUUGGAAGAUCUGAUUUUCUUUGUGUCUGAUGUGCCUAACAAUGGGCAGGAAGUUUUGGAAGUGGUCAUUACUAAGCCAAACCGGGAGCGACAAAAAUUAAUGCGGGAACAAAAUAUAUUGGCUCAGAUAUUCGGGAUCCUCAAAGCUCCUUUCAAAGACAAAGGUGAAGGAUCAAUGCUGAGACUUGAAGACCUAGGUGACCAGAGAUAUGCCCCAUACAAAUACAUGUUAAGGUUAUGUUACAGAGUUCUCAGACAUUCCCAGCAGGACUAUAGGAAGAACCAGGAAUAUAUUGCUAAGAACUUCUGCGUCAUGCAGUCCCAGAUUGGUUAUGAUAUUUUGGCAGAAGACACCAUCACAGCUUUGCUGCACAACAACAGAAAACUGCUAGAGAAACACAUCACGGCUAAAGAAAUAGAGACCUUUGUUAAUUUACUCAGGAGAAAUCGAGAGCCAAGGUUCCUGGAUUAUUUAUCAGACCUGUGUGUAUCUAACACCACAGCAAUACCAGUAACACAGGAACUCAUCUGCAAGUUUAUGCUGAGUCCAGGAAAUGCUGACAUUCUCAUUCAGACGAAGCUGAUUUCAACACAAAUGGACAAUCCCUUAGAAUGCCCUGUCAUCUCAGAUGACAUUGAUGAAGAGGAAGUGUGGCUUUACUGGAUUGACAGUAACAAGGAACCUCAUGGCAAAGCCAUCAGACACCUGGCUCAGGAAGCAAAGGAGGGCACAAAAGUUGAUUUAGAAGUGCUUACCUACUACAGGUACCAACUGAACCUCUUUGCAAGAAUGUGCCUGGACCGCCAGUAUCUAGCCAUCAACCAGAUUUCUGCACAGCUAUCAGUAGACUUGAUCCUGCGAUGUAUGUCUGAUGAAAGCCUUCCUUAUGACCUCCGGGCUUCUUUUUGCCGGUUGAUGCUACACAUGCACGUGGACAGAGAUCCUCAGGAAUCAGUGGUACCUGUCAGAUACGCCAGAUUGUGGACUGAAAUUCCUACCAAGAUCACAAUUCAUGAGUAUGAUUCUUUCACAGAUUCUUCACGAAAUGAAAUGAAGAGGAAAUUUGCACUAACUAUGGAAUUUGUGGAAGAGUACUUGAAAGAAGUUGUAAAUCAGCCUUUUCCUUUUGGUGACAAAGAGAAAAAUAAACUUACAUUUGAGGUGGUACAUCUAGCUCGAAACCUCAUAUACUUUGGCUUUUAUAGUUUUAGUGAGCUUCUCAGACUGACCCGUACGCUUCUGGCAAUUCUAGAUAUUGUUCAAGUUCCUAUGUCAUCUUACUUUGAAAGACUGAGCAAGUUUCAGGAUGGAGGAAACAAUGUUAUGAGAACCAUCCAUGGUGUAGGAGAGAUGAUGACCCAAAUGGUACUAAGCAGAGGAUCUAUAUUUCCCAUCAGUGUCCCUGAUGUACAGCCAAGCAUUCACCCAAGCAAGCAAGCCACCACCUCAGAGAAUGAAGAUGUGAUUGUAAUGGACACCAAAUUGAAAAUCAUUGAGAUUUUACAGUUUAUUCUCAGUGUUAGACUGGACUAUAGAAUAUCCUACAUGCUGUCCAUCUAUAAGAGAGAGUUUGGGGAAAACAAUGAGAACGUCGAUAGCUCUACAACCUCCCCACCUGACACAUCAGGGAUUCCCUCAGCAAUUGUUCCAGACAUAGAUGAAAUUGCAGCUCAGGCUGAAACCAUGUUUGCUGGCAGAAAAGAAAAGAAUGCGGUUCAGCUUGAUGAUGAAGGGGGCAGAACCUUUUUACGAGUCCUCAUUCACCUCAUCAUGCAUGAUUAUCCUCCUUUGCUCUCAGGUGCUCUGCAUCUGCUAUUUAAGCACUUCAGCCAGAGAGCAGAAGUUCUGCAAGCAUUUAAACAGGUUCAGUUGCUGGUGUCUAAUCAAGAUGUUGAUAACUACAAGCAAAUCAAGGCUGAUCUUGAUCAACUGCGUCUGACUGUAGAAAAAUCAGAGCUGUGGGUUGAAAAAAGUAAUUAUGAGAGUGGAGAAGGGGGCGAUAAUCAAACCAAAGGGGGAGAAGAGCCAAUAGAGGAGCCAAAUAUUUUGAGUCCAAUACAGGAUGGAACCAAAAAACCCCAGAUAGACAGCAAUAAAAGCAAUAACUACAACAUUGUUAAAGAGAUUUUGGUUCGACUCAGCAAACUUUGUGUUCAGAACAAAAAGUGUCGAAAUCAGCAGCAGCGAUUGCUGAAGAAUAUGGGUGCCCACUUGGUAGUCUUGGAUCUUCUGCAGAUACCCUAUGAAAAGAGUGAUGAAAAGAUGAAUGAAGUUAUGAAUCUAGCCCAUACUUUUCUUCAGAAUUUCUGCCGAGGAAAUCCUCAGAAUCAAGUUCUUCUCCAUAAAAAUCUCAAUUUAUUCCUAACUCCGGGGCUUCUGGAAGCUGAAACCAUGCGGCAUAUCUUCAUGAAUAAUUACCUUCUUUGUAAUGAAAUUAGUGAGAGAGUGGUACAGCACUUUGUACACUGCAUUGAGACCCACGGCCGUCAUGUGGAAUACCUGCGUUUCCUGCAGACCAUUGUAAAAGCAGAUGGCAAAUAUGUGAAAAAAUGCCAGGACAUGGUAAUGACAGAGCUGAUAAAUGGGGGUGAAGAUGUGCUGAUAUUCUACAAUGAUAGAGCAUCAUUUCCAGUUCUACUCCAAAUGAUGUGUUCAGAGCGAGAUCGAGCAGACGAGAGCGGACCCUUAGCGUAUCACAUCACUCUAGUGGAAUUGCUAGCAGCUUGUACAGAAGGAAAGAAUGUCUAUACAGAGAUCAAGUGCAAUUCACUCCUGCCACUGGAUGAUAUAGUGAGAGUGGUGACCCAUGAUGACUGCAUACCUGAGGUGAAAAUUGCCUAUGUUAAUUUUGUUAACCACUGUUACGUGGACACUGAGGUGGAAAUGAAAGAAAUCUAUGCCAGUAACCACAUUUGGAAGUUAUUUGAGAACUUCCUUGUUGAUAUGGCAAGGGUUUGUAACACAACCACAGAUCGUAAACACGCAGACACAUCUCUGGAGAAAUAUGUCACUGAGCCUGUAAUGAGCAUUGUGAGUGGCUUCUUCAAUUCUCCAUUUUCAGAUAACAGCACCAGCCUCCAGACACAUCAACCUGUUUUUAUUCAGCUACUGCAGUCUGCUUUUAGAAUUUACAACUGUACCUGGCCAAACCCAACUCAGAAAGCCUCAGUGGAGUCAUGUAUCAAAACUUUGGCUGAAGUGGCGAAGAACCGUGGGAUUGCAAUUCCAGUGGAUUUGGACAGCCAGGUCAACACCUUGUUCAUGAAGAGUCACUCUAACAUGGUGCAGAGGGCAGCCAUGGGGUGGAGAAUGUCAGCCCGCAGCGGACCACGUUUUAAAGAAGCUCUUGGUGGGCCUGCCUGGGAUUACAGGAACAUAAUAGAAAAACUACAGGAUGUAGUGUCCUCCUUGGAGCAGCAAUUCACUCCCAUGAUGCAGGCUGAAUUCUCAGUGCUGGUUGAUGUGCUGCAUAGUCCAGAGCUGCUUUUUCCUGAAGGGAGCAAUGCCAGAAUAAGAUGUGGUGCUUUCAUGUCCAAGUUGAUUAAUCACACAAAGAAGCUGAUGGAGAAAGAAGAAAAGCUCUGCAUUAAAAUUCUUCAGACAUUACGAGAAAUGCUUGACAAGAAAACCAACUUUGCGGAAGAGGGCAACACUUUAAGGAAAAUACUCCUGUAUCGCUACUUUAAAGGAGAAUAUGGAAGUGGUAUGAAUGGGCCUCUGUCUACCAGCUACAGCAAAACAGCACAAGUGGGAGGUGGAUUUGUAGGACAAGACUCAGAUAAGUCUGGAGUAUCCAUGUUUGAUAUUCAGUGCCUUCUAGAUAAAGAAGGUGCAUCAGAACUUGUCAUAGAUGUUAUAGUCAGCACCAAAAAUGACAGAAUUUUCUCAGAAGGCAUUUUGCUUGGUAUUGCAUUGCUUGAAGGUGGAAAUGCACAAACACAGUAUUCAACUUACCAGCAAUUGAAGGAGCAAAAAAAGUCAGAAAAAUUCUUUAAAGUCCUGUAUGACCGUAUGAAAGCUGCUCAGCAGGAGAUACGAUCAACAGUGACAGUGAACACUAUUGAUCUGGGGAGCAAAAAGAAAGAUGAUGAUGGUGACCUAACCAUAUCUGUACCCAAAAAGAGAGUGAAGGAUUCAACACUGCAUCUGAAAGAGGGUAUGAAAGUUCAGUUAACAGAAGCGUCUUCUGCAACAUCCAAGGCUUACUCUGUAUAUAGAAGAGAAAUGGACCCAGAAAUAGAUCUUAUGGGCUCAGGAACAGAUGCUGCAAAUGCAGAGGAAAAGUCCACAGAAGAAGCAGUAAUGAGUCCUGCUAUUGCAAUCAUGCAGCCAAUACUGAGAUUUCUCCAGCUGCUUUGUGAGAACCACAACCGAGAGCUCCAGAAUUUUUUAAGGCAUCAGAACAAUAAAACAAAUUACAACCUUGUUUGUGAGACACUUCAGUUUUUGGACUGUAUCUGUGGAAGCACAACAGGUGGACUAGGCUUACUCGGGCUUUACAUCAAUGAGAGAAACGUAGCUCUGGUGAACCAGACACUGGAAAGCUUGACUGAGUAUUGCCAAGGUCCAUGCCAUGAAAAUCAGACCUGCAUAGCUACCCAUGAAUCGAAUGGGAUUGAUAUUAUAAUUGCGCUCAUCUUGAAUGACAUAAACCCUCUUGGCAAAUACUGCAUGGACUUGGUGCUUCAGCUAAAGAACAAUGCCUCCAAGCUUUUGCUGGCUAUUAUGGAAAGCAGGCAAGACAGUGAGAAUGCGGAAAGAAUCCUUUUCAACAUGAGACCAAAGGAAUUGGUGGAUGUGAUGAAGAAUGCAUACAACCAAGGCCUAGAAUGUGACCAUGAGGAGGAAAAUGGAGAUGAUGGCAUCUCCCCAAAAGAUGUUGGCCAUAAUAUUUAUAUUUUGGCACAUCAGUUGGCUCGUCACAAUAAAACAUUGCAACAGAUGCUGAAGCCAGGGUCAGAUCCAGAUGAAGGAGAUGAAGCCUUGAGCUAUUACGCCAAUCAUACAGCACAGAUAGAGAUUGUUCGUCAUGAUAGAACAAUGGAACAGAUUGUCUUCCCUGUCCCCAAUAUUUGUGAAUUUCUCACUCGGGAAUCCAAAAGUCGGGUGUUCAAUACAACAGAGAGAGAUGAACAAGGGAGCAAAGUCAAUGACUUUUUCCAACAGACAGAAGAUCUGUACAAUGAGAUGAAAUGGCAAAAGAAAAUUAGGAAUAAUCCACUCCUAUUUUGGUUCUCACGACACAUCUCUCUCUGGGGAAGCAUUUCCUUCAACCUUGCUGUAUUCAUCAACUUAGCAGUUGCUCUGUUCUAUCCCUUUGGAGAUGAUGGAGAUGAAGGCACACUUUCUCCGUUGAUUUCGGUCCUCCUCUGGAUAGCUGUGGCACUUUGUACAGCAAUGCUGUUUUUCAUCUCCAAGCCUGUUGGCAUUCGACCCUUUCUGGUGUCUGUGAUUCUCAGGUCUAUAUAUACAAUAGGGCUCGGUCCUACCUUGAUACUUCUUGGUGCUGCUAAUCUUUGCAACAAAAUAGUGUUUCUGGUGAGCUUUGUUGGAAACCGGGGAACUUUUACUCGUGGCUACAGAGCGGUCGUCAUGGACAUGGCCUUUCUCUAUCACGUGGCAUAUGUCCUGGUCUGCAUGCUGGGCCUCUGUGUGCAUGAAUUCUUCUACAGUUUCCUGCUGUUUGAUCUAGUAUAUAGAGAGGAGACUUUGCUAAACGUGAUAAAAAGUGUUACCCGGAAUGGUCGUUCCAUCAUCCUCACUGCAGUGCUAGCACUCAUCCUGGUUUAUCUCUUCUCCAUCAUCGGGUUCCUCUUCCUGAAGGACGACUUCAUCAUGGAGGUCGACAGGUUGAAAAUCAGGACCCCUGUUGCAGGUAUUGGCGAAGUCCCCACAACGACCCUCACAUCAAUGAUGGGAGCCUGUGCAAAAGAGAAUUGUUCCAAAAGCAUUCCUAUUGUUAACUCAGGUGAGGAAGAGGAGGAUGGAAUUGAAAGGACCUGUGACACCCUGCUCAUGUGCAUUGUGACAGUAUUAAACCAAGGCCUGCGAAAUGGUGGUGGCGUGGGAGACGUGCUCAGAAAGCCUUCCAAAGAUGAGCCCUUAUUUGCUGCUCGAGUUGUUUAUGAUCUUCUGUUUUAUUUCAUUGUCAUAAUUAUUGUUCUAAACCUAAUCUUUGGAGUCAUCAUUGAUACAUUUGCUGAUCUCAGGAGUGAAAAGCAGAAAAAGGAGGAAAUACUGAAAACGACAUGUUUCAUCUGUGGACUGGAGAGAGACAAAUUUGAUAACAAGACAGUUUCAUUUGAGGAGCAUAUAAAGUCAGAACACAACAUGUGGCAUUAUUUGUACUUUAUAGUUCUUGUCAAAGUGAAAGAUCCAACAGAAUACACUGGUCCAGAGAGCUAUGUGGCACAAAUGAUUGUGGAGAAGAAUUUGGACUGGUUCCCUCGGAUGAGAGCCAUGUCUCUGGUCAGCAAUGAAGGCGACAGUGAGCAAAACGAAAUCAGGAACCUGCAGGAGAGGCUGGAGUCAACCAUGAGCCUUGUGAAGCAGCUCUCCAGCCAGCUGGCUGAGCUGAAGGAGCAGAUGACAGAACAAAGGAAGAAUAAGCAGAGGCUGGGCUUUCUUGGAUCAAACACACCCCAUGUGAAUCAUCACAUGCCACCACCCUGAUACCAUGGGGAGAAGCCGUGACUGGCCUUUCAUCAGUAUUCCUGCUUUAUUACUGAAUAAAAAACUGAGAUUGAGAGGAGUGAACAGUGCCUAUUGUUACGAAGUUAAAAACAACCAAGUGCCAAGAUGUUAAGUGGUUUAGCUCUGGGAACAAUUUGUAGCUGUUUUUCAUGGUUGAAAGGGACCUAGAACGCAAGUGAUACAAGGCAGUCCAUUUGUAUUCAUUCAGGGGGCCCAACUCGCUGCAUUUGUGCUCUGCAAUUCAGUGGCUUUAGCAGCAGCUGCUGCCUGUGAAGGAAUAAGGGCAGUGCCCGGAUGCGUCCUUUGUGCUGCCUUCAGCUUUCUCCGUAAAGUACCAACAAAAUCAAGGCAGGAGAAAUGUGUAUUAGCACAAAUGCAAUACAGCCUGGUUCAGAAUCAAUAGAAGCCGCUCCUUGUCUUAUUUGUCAGAUAGCAACGUUAGUCAUUUUUGCUUGGCAUCUACUAUUUUUUAAUUACGGUAAAUGUGUCAGUUGGGUAAGCAAUAUUGUUGCUUCAAGUAACUUCUAUGAGGAGGGAAAGGGGAGAAACCUCAAAAGACUGGAACAAAAAAGGAAGAAAAAAGAAAAAAAAAGUUGCAAAGAGAAACAUUAACGCUUUUGAAUUUUAGCUGUCACCAUGCAAUUUCUUAUUUAUAACAUGGAGCACAAUGGAUCUACAGCUGUGGGAAUGUUAUGCACAUAACACUGACAACAUAACUGGAAGUGAUUUCUUUCUCCUGGAUUCACAUGUUCUCGAUUAAUGUGGCCGUGAGACUUCCCAUACCGAGGAGUUAAACUGUGCUUAAAAUUCAAAUUCCAAUGGAGGAUUCAGGAAAAACAUGAGAUCUGUAGUUUGAAGUGUGCAUGUGUGUAUUUUUUAUUUUUAUUUUUUGAAGCUUAAAAAUGCCUUUCUAUAUGGAGCUGUAAUGGUGUCAUUACCUUUCACAAACACACAAUCAGUGAGAGAUGAUCUCUGUAAAUAAGCGCCGUAUUCUGCCAGUGUUCUUCUGACUAGAGGAGUAUGGGCUUAACCUUCCUCUGCCAGCCCUUCCUUGCUGAAGGGGCUUGCAGGACAAGCACAGGUGAUGGGGCACAGCAAUGCUGCCAGAGGAGCACAGGAUUGGUUGGAGCACAGCAGUGAUGCUGGAGGAGCUUUCUUCCAGAGCUAGGCUCUAGGAAAGGCAGCAGCCGAACUGUCUGUACAGGUCUCUGAUGUAUUCUCAAUUUCCUGAGAUGGUUUUAGAAGAGAAGUUACUGGGUAUCCGCAGAGCCCAGCAGGCUUUUAGAUGAAGAUUUUCAGAACACAAAUGGGAGCUGUGGUCCCAGUUUACUUUCAUCUUCAGAGGAUUUUGGAUCCCUGGCUGUCCUUGGUUGCAUUGGAAAACGUCUCCAUUAAAGUGGAGUCACUUUAUAAACUAAAAUAUUUUUGCAAUAAUUUCCCCCUGUAACAUUUCCAUUUUGUUACAGAGCCGUUUUAAUCAAGGGUGGAAAUACUGUUGACUCCAGCAUUUUUAGUAUCUCCCUGAAAAAAUACUGUCUUGUUAUUAAGACACAAUUCAAACCAGCAGACCCAGAAUAAAAGGAAGGGAGGAGCAUUUCCCUCCCUUCAUCCCAAAUCCAAGGCUGUUCUUGGAACCUCUCUCUUUUUUUGUGUCCAUGAGGUGAAUGGGAUAAAAAUAAUGUACUCUAGGGUCUGAUCCUUCUACUGCCAGCACAUUUCACUCUGGCUUCUGUUGGGUCCCAGAAACCAUGAUCCAGCCAGCACUCUGCCCUCAUGUUUUGAGAUGAGGACCAGGUGGUGGUUAUCGCAACCGGGACUGGGGCAGAAAAAGUGGAGAGUGAGAAACUAAACCCUCGACAGCUCCUCUGUCACCUUGUUGCUUCCCAACCAGCUGUGCAAGAGGAGAGCUCAGAGCAGAAUACAGAAGUGCAGUUGUCUUCAGUGGACAACUGUGAUCUUUUAGGAAUAAAUCACGGAGUGUGCCUUCGUGUGACUGAGGCCUUGCUUCUGCUGCAGCUGGGCUGGGCUGAUGAAACCCCUCAGUGAGGCUGUCUGUCUGUCUGUCUGUCUGUGGGGAUGGGCUCCAUAUAGCAAUUAGAGUCCAGCACUGAGUGGCUUACAGUGACUUUAUUCUGGGAGCUUGCAUCAGCCACAUGCUGUGCAGUAACCAACUCCCGUGUAAAGUAAGGCCAGGCCGGCCUCUCUGACUGGGCCUAUUGUAAAGCACCAAGCCAAAGGAGUUGUGCGCAAACGUCAACUCAGUGGUGAGGUUGUGGAGAAUCAGACCCGGCAGCUGUAUUGAUUCAAAUUAGUUUGUGCAGUUCAUCUGUUUGUCACAGCCUGUGUUUCAGUAGUCAUUUUCUUCAUCCCCACACACAUGUGCCGAUGUUGUAGGUGUAGAGCACGGUUGAUGGGAACAAAGAUGAAUUAUCUGCUACUUACUGGGGUUUGGCUACAGCUGGACGCGGUUGACACUUCUGCUGUUUAUGCUCAAAAAAGCAGCUGAACCACUGUGCAUCACAGGAGGUUUGUGCUGUUUGAGCUGCAACUCAACACGCCUGUGCCCUGAGCUCAUGCCUACAGUGGCAUAUGAGCAAUGCUCUGCCCUGCACUGUGACCAAAACAUCCCCCAGUUCCAGAGUGUGAGGAGGAGCAAACCCUUCAAAAACUAGAAACUAAUAGAUGCCAAUUAGCCUAUGCCACAGUGCCUGUCCUCUCUUUGUAGCUUCAGAGAGAGACCUCUCUAAGUGAUGCGAGUGAUGGUGCUUGCACAGAUGGUAAAUACAUUUCACUGAGCAUUUUGAUGUUCUUGCUGAUUCUGCCAAAAGCUUAUGCCUGUCCUGCAGCUCUCAUCCAUGUGAGCAACCUGUACCUAAACAGGAAGCUUCUUCAUGAAUAGCAAUUGCAGGGUCAGAGCUCAAGACUUAAGGAUCAUGAAAUACCCCCCAUCAGAGAGUUUAUAACAAGGGAAAAAUUCAUUGUUUUAUACAUAUAUUUAUAUGUAUAUCUUUGUUUAGUGCAGCAGGGGUAUCCUCUUAGGCAAGCAUCAUCACUUGCGUAUCCUAUUUCUAUGAAAUGAUUGCAAAGAAGUUAGAACAUCUAAGAGCUUUUAACGCCUCAGAGGGAUUUGUGAUCGUAAGCUCCUUGACACUUAAAAUCUUAAGUAAAUAUGUCCAUUGAUGCUGAAUGUAACUUUUAAUAAAAAGUGUGUCAUUUUA